UGCUGUGUAUCAUUAAAGAGGAAACUAAACAAAAGACAUCUUGAAAUACAAUUUCGAACAUAGUUUAAAAAAAAUCUAUUUAUGUAUUUUAAUCUGUUAUCAAAAUUUUCAGGAACUGUGUGCGAAAAUGAAUGUGUUUAAAGACUUAGACUUGCCUCCAUGUGUUGUAGAUUUAGGAAGAUUUCGUGGGAAUGCAAAAUACUAUCAUUACUGCAUUGAUGGCGUUAACGACCAAGGAUGGGGUUGUGGUUAUAGAACAUUGCAGACAAUUCUGUCUUGGAUAAAAAACCAAACUCAUGACUCCAAGUUAGCUGAGAUUCCAUCUAUUAAAGACAUUCAACGAGCUCUAGUACAAUUGGGAGAUAAAACUGAAAGCUUUGUUGGCUCCAAGACGUGGAUUGGAAGUAUUGAAGUAGCUUACUGUCUUGAUUUCUUUCACCAGAUACCUUGUAAAAUCAUUCAUAUAUCAAAAAACUCAGAUUUUGACGCUCAUACUUCUGACAUUAAAGAACAUUUUAAUCAAUUUGGGAGUCCAAUCAUGAUGGGUGGGGAUGUUGACUGUUCUUCUAAAUGUUUAUUAGGUAUAUGUAGAAGUGGACGUGAAACAUAUCUUCUUAUUUUGGAUCCGCAUUUUGCUGGUACAACCAUAUCAAAAGAAAAAUUGAAAGCCGAUGGUUGGAUAAAAUGGGUUUCAUCUAACAUGUUAAUAGAGAAUUCAUUUUACAAUUUAUGUUGCCCCCAGGUUGAAAGCCAAAGAUUUUGACGAUGAAGAAACUUUGUUAAUGCUAUGAAAGUAUUUCAAAUGUAAUUCAGAAGUGUAAUUAUUUUUCAAAAUAAAAUUCUUUACAUAAAUAUAAUGUAACAUUCUUUGAUGAA